AUGAGCACAUUUAGCAUCCCGCUGAAAGUGCUCUUCGACGCCAUCGGCACGACGAUUACACUGGAGGUGUCUAACGGCGAGCUUUACACAGGUACGCUUAGCGAGAUUCAGGAUAACAUGAACGUGCUACUCACAUCUGCGAAGAAGACAACAAAGUCGGGGCGGACAGUGGAACUAAAGAGUGUGUUUGUCCGUGGCUCUACGAUUGUCUUCUUUCAGCUUCCAGACGCCCUGAGGACGAGCCCAGCGUUGCUGAAGGCGGGUAUGGUCGUGUCCAACGCGUUGGAUAAUAGGGGAGACGGCAAAGGAUUUGGCGCGCAACGUGCCGCUAAACGCACGCGGAAAUAA